AUUUAGAGAAGAAAAUUACGAACCAAAAAGAAAGAAAAAUGAAAUAAAAAUGGUUCUUUUCUUGGUUUCUGGGGUUGUCUUUACGUAACGAAGCAAAGUAAUCUAAUGAGCAAAAGCGGCAACCCACCAUAAAAAUCUAAUUGUAUAUUUCUCAAUUUCCCAGAAUCAGAUCUCUCUCUAUCUCUCUGCCCCCAACGGUAGAUGGAUCCAACAACAAGUUUCUGAUUGAAAGUUGUUUGCUUAAGUCGUGUUUGGUGUUCAUUCUCAUCUGGGCUGUUCUUGCUAGUUUGAGAUUGUUAUCAUGGAAGGAAUCAUUGUGAGGAGAGUUAUACCAUCUGACAACAGUUGUCUCUUCAACGCAAUCGGUUAUGUUAUGGACAAGGACAAGAAGAAAGCUCCUGAGCUAAGACAGGUGAUAGCUGCAGCAGUUGCAAGCGACAAGGAGAAAUAUAACGAAGCAUUUCUAGGGAAGCCUAAUGAAGAAUACUGUGCUUGGAUUCUCAAUCCAGAGAAGUGGGGAGGUGCGAUUGAGCUUUCGAUAUUAGCAGAUUAUUAUGGUCGAGAGAUUGGAGCUUAUGACAUUCAGACCAGUCGAUGUGACUUGUAUGGACAGACCAAAAACUACAGCGAAAGAGUUAUGCUGAUCUAUGACGGUCUUCACUAUGAUGCCCUCGCUUUGUCUCCAUUUGAAGAUGCUGAGGAAGACUUUGAUAUGACUAUAUUUCCGGUUGGUAAAGAUAGAUCCAUUGGUUCCAUUGAAGGGCUUGUUCUAAAUCUAGUUAAGGACCAACAAAGGAAAAGGAGUUACACAGAUACUGCAAACUUCACUCUGCGUUGUGGUGUUUGCCAAAUUGGAGUUAUUGGACAAAAGGAAGCUGUGGAGCAUGCUCAAGCAACUGGUCAUGUCAACUUCCAAGAAUACCAUUAAGGGAAUGAUUGAUUUUAAUUUUAUCUUGUCAACAAAUUCAAAUUCUGUCUGUUGUACAAUUCAUAUUAUGUUGUUUUCUUCCUUUAGAUGUAUCCUCUCUUCAAGGGGAGCAUCAUUGUUGUCUCACCAAUAAUGUCAUGAAAAUUUGGACAUAUUUGUCAUUCAUUUUCUCUUUGGUUCAAAAUAAAAACAUUCCACACA